AUGCUUUUCACCGCAAGCGAGAAAUAAGUCCCGGGCGACUCAAUUAACCCGGAAGUCAAAAUCCCCCAAGUGGACUGAUGUUUCGGCAAAACACCAAGGCACACACACGCACACUCACGCAAAAAUACGAGCGUUAUCUUGGGUUCGUUCUGCAUGAAUCGAGAUAGUUAAGAUGAAAGAAGACGACAGGCUGUUGGGGGAGCACAAGGACCAUGGCGGCGACUCAAAGGGAGCGGGAGCACAUGCAUCUGAUGCACCGGGACGACGAUUUAAAUCGCAACAUUGGCGCAGUUCGGGGCACAGGUUGAGGCGAUUUGCAAAGUAUGUCAUCGUCGCCAUGGCCCUCAAGUAUUUCCUGGCGGCUCUUGUUGGGCUUUUGCCGUAUAUCGCCGACGAGGUCCAGGGAGCAAUCACGUAUCCGGACUGCGAAAAUGGACCCCUGUCUACAAACAUUGUCUGCGACCAGGCUGCCACCCCGGCCGAAAGGGCUGCGGGGCUCGUCGAUAUUAUGGAGCUUGAUGAGAAGCUGGAGAAUCUGGUCAACAAAUCUCCGGGUGCACCGAGGAUAGGGCUUCCGGCGUAUGAGUGGUGGUCCGAGGCCCUGCACGGUGUGGCCAAAUCGCCCGGCGUGACCUUCAACAAGUCAUCCGGCGCGGCCUUCUCCUCUGCCACGUCCUUCUCCAACCCCAUCGUUCUCUCAGCCGCAUUUGACGACGAGCUGGUCGAGGCGGUGGCGACGCAAAUCAGCACUGAGGCCAGGGCGUUUAGCAACGCCGGCUUGGCCGGGCUGGACUGGUGGACGCCCAACAUCAACCCGUACAAGGACCCGCGAUGGGGCCGCGGUAUGGAGACGCCGGGCGAGGACGCACUCCGCAUCUCGAAGUACGUCAAGGCCCUCCUCCGGGGCCUUGAGGGCAGUGACCCGACGACCAGGAAGAUGGUUGCCAACUGCAAGCAUUACGCAGCCAACGACCUCGAGAGGUGGAACGGCGUGACGCGCUACAACUUUGACGCCCCCGUGACGCUGCAGGACCUGUCAGAGUACUACCUGCCGGCUUUCAAACAGUGCGCCAGGGACAGCAACGUCGGAUCGUUCAUGUGUGCGUACAAUGCCAUGUCGAUCAAGGGCAAGGACCUCUCCUGGAACGGGACGCCGGUGUGCGCAAGCAAGUAUCUGAUGAAUGACAUCCUGAGGGAGCAUUGGGGGUGGAAGGAGCACAACAAUUGGAUCACGAGCGAUUGCAACGCUGUUUUGCACAUGUGGAACCAGCACCACUGGUCAGACACCCGUGAAGAGGCUGCAGGCUCCGCCUACACUGCCGGGACCGACACUGUGUGCGAGGUGUCAAACUAUGACAAGACCGCUGUCAAGGGAGCCUUUGACAGGGGGCUUCUUGACGAAGAUGUCGUCGACCGGGCCCUCAAGCGUCUAUACGAGGGCCUCGUCCGGGCGGGCUACUUUGAUGGUCCGGACGCUCCAUACCGCAACAUCACGUGGGCAGACGUCAACACUCCUGAGGCGAGAAAGUUGGCGCACAGGUCUGCUGUCGAGGGAAUGGUGCUUACCAAGAAUAAUGGAGUUUUGCCCAUCAAACUGGAGGAAUUGCAGAAGAAAGGCAAGACCGUGGCGCUGAUUGGCAACUGGGUGGAUAAUGGAGAGCAGAUGCUUGGGACGUACAGUGGAAUUGCGCCAUUCAGGAACACGCCGCUCGCUGCUGCCAAAGCGCUCAACCUCAAGAUGGUCACGGCAGGUGGACCGGUCAAUCAGAGUACAGGGAGCCGCGACAGCUGGACAAGGCCCGCCUUGAAUGCGGCCAUACAGGCGGAUGUUGUUCUGUACUUUGGCGGGAUUGAUCUCUCCGUUGAGGCCGAGGACAGAGACAGGUACUCACUAGCAUGGCCUAGCGCUCAAGCCAAGCUGCUUUCGGAUAUUUCUGCCCUCGGCAAGCCAACGGUAGUCGUACAGCUAGGAACAAUGCUCGACGACACGGCGCUGUUGGACAACAAGAACAUCUCCGCCAUCAUCUGGGCAGGUUAUCCCGGCCAGGACGGCGGAACUGCCGCGUUCGACAUCAUCACCGGCAAGACCGCUCCAUCGGGCCGCCUUCCAGUAACACAAUACCCCGCCAAGUAUGCAAACCAGGUGCCCAUGACCGACAUGGAAGUCCGCCCGUCCAAGGAUACCAAGGGGGGCGCGGCUAGCAACCCAGGGAGAACAUACCGGUGGUACGACGAGGCCGUCCACCCGUUCGGGUUCGGGCUGCACUUCACGAACUUCACCACCUCUGUCGCCGUGUCCUCCUCAUCCGCCAUCUCCACAUCAGACCUCGAGUCCGGCUGCAAGAGCGAGAAGCACAUCGACAAGUGUUCGUUCCCAUCGUCGCUCGAAGUCUCCGUCACCAACGACGGCAAGUCAACCACCUCGUCCUACGCCGCACUGGCGUUCGUGCGGGGUGAGUACGGGCCCAAACCCUACCCACUCAAGACGCUGGUUGCGUAUGGCAAGCUGCACGACAUCGCACCGGGGCAGACUAAGAAGGUGAAGCUCGAGUUGACGCUGGGUGACCUCGCCAGAACUGCGGAGAAUGGGGACCUGGUGUUGUAUCCAGGCAAGUAUGAGGUGCUGGUGGACGUGCCGACCGCUGCCAAGGCAAGCUUUGAGAUUCGUGGCGGCGAGCUUGUUCUUGAUCGGUUCCCGCAGCCAAAGGAUGAUUAGAUACCGAAAGGGGCGGCCUUCAUGGUGGAGGUGGAAGCUUUGGGUUGGGAAUAGGAAAUGUUUCGCAGAGGAGCAUGGUUUUGCGGUUCUCGAAAAGUCUGUUUAAGGAAGGCGCAUAUAUGUCUGAACUUUUCUCACUGGUCAAAAAUGAGGUUUAAAUUUGGACGUCUUAAUGAGGGCUCACGUGAAGGUGGGCUUUCUGUUGGCGAAAGUAACCCUUUAUCUUUUGUGCCGACAUUCAGGGACCUGAUUACUCUUUAAAGGGCACUUGGAUCCAUCUGGGACUGACCUAGAUAGAGAUGACCUCAUCAGUUAGCAUGAAUGCACUAGUAAGGCAGCCGCCCCUGUCUGAGGAUGGAAGGCACUCGCCCAACAGCAGGCGGCGACUUCCCAAUUGAUAUAAUUCCGU